AUGGCCGCUUCCGCAAACUCAUUGUCCUUCAUACUUCAACAUCCAACAACGACGGCAAGCUCAUCGUUUAUGAGCCCUCAGUAUCCAACAACGACAACAAGCACUCUCCGAGCCAUCGAAACACUCUUAACAAUAGCUCAUAGAGGCUCUCCAGAGGUUCUGCUUACAGACAGCAGACCUCCACCAAGCCCCACCUCAUUCAAUCCAUCGGUAUUGACUCAAGAGUCAUGGACCACCAAGAUCUCCGGCCUCCCCACGGCCAUCGUACCCCUGUCUUCCACGUCCAGCAGCGCAGUAUCAAGCACUCACAAUACCGCGUCCCUCAACCACGGAACCAGCAUAAGCCUGAUUCCGCUGCUCAGCCUGUCCGUCGCUGUCAUUACGUGGGUUCUGUUUUACAUCCUGAUCAGCCGACGAUGCAGAGCCGGUAGAAGUGUUCCCCGACUAUGGCCCUCCUUCUCCAUGUUCGCCUUUUCACGAAAAGGUAGGGCCCAUUUCACCUUCCAAACCAAGCGCUCAGACAGCCGAACGUCGCUGCUUCCAUGCGAUCGCCUCGCCGCCGGGGCAGAGCUGGGAUACCAAGUAAUUUCUCGGGGUAAUGGACGCGGUGUGGGACAGGGACAGACAGCCGUCGUGACUUGGGCGCACCCUCCUCCAGUCGAACUUGACGGUCAGGGCAUCGGAGACUCGCCGAUCCGACCCAACUGGGUCUCGCGAAUAUCGAGCUUCUUGGUCACGGAGAGGGAAGGAAAAGGGCUUGGAUAUGGUCAGAUGGAUUCAUCGCUCAGAGCGACACGAUCUAUCCGUGAGUCGUUUGGCGAGAAGAUUAAUGACCCUGGGGUAGCCGUGUUAAUUCGGGAGCCGAAGAAGACGCUUUCACGGUAUUCGAGGGCUAUUUCAGAAAAGCCUCUUCCGGAAAUCCCCGAGGCGGAGGAAAUCGUGCCGCUUAGACUUGACAUGUGUGACAAACACACAACAACAACGUCACAGAACUCCGCUGUUAGGGUCGCCAGUUCCACUGAAGCCACCAUUGAAAGGGGACCCCUAGACGAUCUUUUAGCGGCCGAAGGCGGGAAGGGUGGGGCCACAAUCGACAGCCUUACAGUGAGUGGACCGAUAAGUCACAGUCCUCCGGCUACGUUACGUAACGUGAUACAACUUGCGGCUUCAGUUGAGAAACUCCCCUCAUUUGCAUCACCACCCAUUAUGCAAUGACAUGAAUGCUGUCGAUUGAUUGGAUUUUUGUUGGCGAACGAGUGGCGAGCACAGAUGCACAAUGAGGUGAGGAAGGCAGAAUUGAUCGACCACCACUUGUGUGGCUUUCCAACUUUAUUUAGCCUUCGAAAGCAACAGCUGUCUACGUCAAACCAUUCCUGUGUUUUCAAACGAAGAAGAUAAAUUAGGUGAGUGUGUGUCGCAUCCGGCUGUGUUCCGUUCCCCCCUCCCUCCACAUUCCAAUCUGGAAGUUACUGUUAACUGCAACUGCGACGUUGAAGCGAAAACAUUGGGUAGCGACGAUAGUUCUUUUUCCUGCCAUUUCUUGAUACCCAACACGACGAAAAC